AUCAAACAUUGUAUUGUCCUCUACAACCCAGCAAGGGAAAGAGACAACACCCCUUCGGAGAUCUCAAGGGGUCUGGACGUCUUCUUCAACCCCCACCAUCCCUCGUUCUCUCAAAACUCUCACUCUUCCCCUUAUUAACCCUUUUUCAUUCUCCAAUUCUUGCAAACCAUGGCGACCCUUUAUUCAACGCAUUGCCCUUCAUUUCUAUCAUCAUCAUCAUCUUCUUCUUCUUCUUCUUCUUCUUCUUCUUCGCCAUCCAAUCCUGCUUAUCUUCAUUGCAUUAACUUAUCCAAGCGAUUUCUUGCCGCCAAGGUUUCUCUGAAAUCGCAAACCCCUUUGCAUCAGAUUUCAGUCCUUACCCAGCAACAGGAAGGUGGAGUAGCUGCCACUGUAACCCCUAGUGAAAAUGAUGCUAGUCACCAGCGAUUGAAAGCUGAAUUAUUGUCAGUUACAUCAUCUGAGUUGGAGGAGUCUCAAGGUGAAGCCAUUUUUGAAAAGGGUGAAAAUGAGUCCUCUGUUAGUAUUACUGUUGUUGGAGCUUCUGGAGACCUUGCCAAGAAGAAGAUUUUUCCGGCACUCUUUGCACUUUACUAUGAGGGUUGUCUCCCUAAGCACUUCACCAUCUGUGGUUAUGCCCGAAGUAAGAUGACUGACGCAGAACUGAGAAAUAUGGUUAGCAAGACCCUCACUUGUAGAAUUGAUAAGAGAGAGAACUGCAGUGAAAAGAUGGAGCAAUUUCUUGAAAGAUGUUUCUACCAUUCUGGUCAAUAUGAUUCUGAGGAUAACUUUGCAGCUUUAGACAAGAAGCUGAAGGAACAUGAGGGUGGGAGAACAUCUAAUCGUCUGUUUUAUCUUUCAAUUCCUCCUAAUAUAUUCAUUGAUGCUGUAAAAUGUGCAAGCUUGUCAGCUUCUUCUGGUAAUGGUUGGACCAGGGUCAUUGUUGAAAAACCUUUUGGUCGAGAUUCUGAAUCCUCAGCCGCGUUAACAAAAUCACUCAAGCAAUAUCUGACUGAGGAUCAAAUUUUCAGGAUUGACCACUAUCUUGGGAAAGAGCUUGUGGAAAAUCUUUCUGUUCUACGAUUCUCAAAUCUCAUUUUUGAACCAUUAUGGUCGAGGCAGUAUAUAAGAAAUGUACAGUUCAUAUUCUCAGAAGAUUUUGGCACUGAAGGACGUGGCGGGUACUUUGACAACUAUGGCAUAAUUAGAGACAUUAUGCAGAAUCAUUUACUUCAAAUACUAGCCCUCUUUGCAAUGGAAACCCCUGUUAGUUUGGAUGCAGAGGAUAUUAGAAAUGAAAAGGUCAAGGUUCUUCGUUCCAUGAGACCGCUGCGGCUCGAGGAUAUGAUUAUUGGGCAGUAUAAAAGCCACACAAGAGGAGGUGUUACAUAUCCUGCCUACACUGAUGACAAAACUGUGCCAAAGGGCAGCUUAACCCCAACAUUUGCUGCAGCUGCACUCUUCAUAGAUAAUGCACGAUGGGAUGGGGUGCCUUUUCUCAUGAAGGCUGGAAAAGCAUUACACACCAAGAGAGCUGAGAUACGGGUCCAGUUCAGACAUGUUCCUGGCAAUGUCUACAAUCGAAACUUCGGGACAGAUCUUGAUCGAGCUACAAAUGAACUUGUUAUAAGAGUUCAGCCUGAUGAGGCUAUUUAUUUGAAGAUCAACAAUAAAGUGCCGGGUCUAGAAAUGAGGUUGGAUCGCAGUAAUCUGAAUCUUCACUAUGCAGCAAGAUACGCGAAGGAGAUUCCAGACGCUUACGAGAGGCUACUUCUGGACGCGAUUGAAGGGGAAAGAAGACUCUUCAUUCGCAGUGAUGAACUUGAUGCUGCUUGGUCACUCUUCACGCCUCUACUGAAUGAGUUAGAAGAGAAAAAAGUGAUUCCAGAGUACUAUCCUUAUGGUAGUCGGGGUCCUGUCGGUGCUCACUAUCUUGCAGCAAGAUACAACGUGCGAUGGGGUGACCUUGGUAUAGACGUAGAACAAUAGCCCUUUUCAUUUUGUUGUAGUUGUGAUCAGCCUCAGAUGUUAGCUAACUUGCAUGUUGAUUUGCAGUUUGUUGUUGGAGUGCUGUUUGUUAUAUCUUGUUAGCAUGGUUGGCAUACGUGAAAUCAUGUAAAGCAAUAAAAAGCAAGUUCAAAGAAGAGUAAUAAAAAAGCACUGAGAUUUUGACUUA